UCAGUUGCUUGUGGUUUAUAGGAUGAUUUGGAUCAAGUCUCUUUCUUUGCUGCUGCUGCCAGCUUUAUUUAUAAAUUCGGUUAUGACAACUGGCUUUGCGGAGGAAACCGUUUUGAAUCAUGAUGACGAUCCGGACCCGGGUCGUGAGAAGUACAUUUGGAAUCCGUUUCCGGGCUUCUGCGGCGAGAAUGCCACCAGGGCUAGAUGUGCUGGGGUGUGUCCCGAAACCUGUGCCUUUAAAUCGCUCAAAUGCCCCAACUAUUGCGGUGUGAAUUGCAUUUGCAAACCUGACUAUGUCUUCGAUGAAAAACUACAGCUGUGCAUCCUAAAAUCGGAUUGUCCUCAGGAUAUACAACAGGAAGUUGUGGAAACCCAUCGUGUGUUUCAGUAGGGGCCAACAAUUCUAGGUUCUUUAAUCCUAUAUGAUUUUAACUGUAAAAUAUUGUUUUUAUCGAACAAAUAAAUUUUAAAUUGAACAUUA